AUGAGAAGCUUUAUUCUCUUCAGCGUCGCUGCCUUUGGCGCGGCCAAUGCUGGUGUUCUGCCAAGGGGUAACUACGACUUGCCUCCUAGCUGCAGCACCUCAACCCUCUACGAGACUCAGACACUCACUGUUCCCGGUUGCGCUUCUGAUGUUGCAUACUGCCCCAACCCAUCCCAAGUAACAACAAAGACUGUUGCUGUCCCGACAACCAUCUGCCCCAACUCUCCGGUUGAGACUCCCGUCGAGCCCGAGAACACUGAGCCUGCUGGUCAGGAUACUACUCAGUACACUCCUCCUCAGCCUACCAGCGAUGUUCCCGCUCCUGAGGAGACCACUUCAAAGGAUGCCCCCAAGGACACCACUCAGUAUGCUCCUCCUCCGGUUCCCACUGUCGCCACAGAGGCCGAGGAUACUACCGACUUUGCUCCUCCUGCAUCCACUUCUGACGUAGUCAGCAAGCCUGUUGAAGAUACUACCGAGGUCGGAGUUUCCACUAAUGCUUAUCCUCCUCCUGCCGGAACCCCGACAACUGAGGCUGAACAAAAGCCUACUUCCGAGGCACCUACUGUUGAGGCUCCUACUUCCGAGGUUCCCACUGCUGAGGCACCCACUUCCGAGGCUCCCACUGUUGAGGCUCCUACUUCUGAGGCUCCUACUUCCCAAGGCUCCUCAGCAACUGGCCUGUACCCUCCUCCUGCGAACACCUUCACAACAGAGGCUGGACAAGAUGCUACCACCCAGACCUCUAUUGCCGACGUUACCUCUGCCGAGACUUCCGCUGCUCAAGCCACCUCUGCGACUGACUUGUACCCUCCUCCCGAAGAGAUCCCUUCGACCAAGCCUGUGCAAGACUCGACUGCUGAGGCUUCUACCGAUGUCUCUACUGCUGGAGCUACCGGUGCUACAGGCGCUUACCCUCCUCCUGCUCAGACUGACACCACCCAGUCUGCUCAAGAAUCCACUGAAGCUCUGACCCAAACUUCCGAGUCCGCUCCUCCCGCGAGCACCGAUGUGACACAGCAGGGAUCUACCGUUGUCGGUAGCUCGACUGACGCGUACCCUCCUCCCAAGGGCACUGAGACUACACAGCCCGCAAAGGGAACUACUGAGCUCUCUACCGAGACUACCAAGCCCACUCUUCCUGAGACCACUGAUGUCGAGAGCGCCUCUACAACUGAGUGGACCACAUCAACUGUCUACACCACCAACGUCUACACUGUGACCUCGUGUCCUCCUGAGGUUCCCGACUGUCCUGGAGGCUCUCAUGUCACUACCAAGACUGUCGCUGUUUCCACUACUGUCUGCCCUGUCACCGAACACGGCGAGACUGCCGGACCUACUCAAGAGCGCCCUGUUCCCGAGUCCACCGAGACGGAGCAGCAAGGCACCGAGACUGCUCCUGUCUCUAAGCCUUCAGAGACCGAGACCGAGACUGAAAAGGUCCCUGAGCAGACCGAGACUGUUACCCCGUCUGGUGCUUAUCCUCCUCCUGCCAACCCUACUACUCUGACCACCAAGGGAGGCGUCAAGACCGAGACUGAGAGUAUUCCUGCUGAGACUGAGAGUGUUCCUGCUGAGACCGAGACUGUUCCCGCUGAGACUGAGACUGUUCCCGCUGAGACUGAGACUGCUCCCGCUGAGACCGAGACUGUUCCCGCUGAGACCGAGAGUGCUUCCACCGAUACUGAGGGCAUCCCCACAGAGACCAAGACUAGUCCUGCCGAGACCGAGUCUACCCAGCCCGCCGUUGAUUCCACUACUGGUGCCUACCCUCCUCCCAAGACUGAGACCGAGACCGAGGCCACUGGAACCGAGACAGGAACCAUUCCUGCUCAGACUGUCCCUGCCACUGGAUCUUCAACUGGUGUCUACCCUCCUCCCAAGCCCGUUACUACCGAAGGCGCCGAGACCGAACCCGUCUCCGAGCAGCCCAGCCACACCGAGGUGACUAGCCAGUUCACUACUUCAACUGUCUUCACGACCACCGUCCGCACUAUCACUUCUUGCCCUCCUGAGAUCCCUGACUGCCCUGGAAACAAGCACGUGACAACGGAGACCAUUGCCAUCUCCACCACCAUCUGUCCCGUCACUGAAGCUCAGCCUACCAAGCCUGCCACUAUCACUGAGGAGCAGCCUACCAAGCCCGCUACUGAGACCGGGGUUCAGUCAACUGCACCUGCUACUGAGUCUGAGGGAGAGUCUACCAAGCCUGUGACUGGCCACGAGGGAUCAACUAAGCCCGCAACUGCCACCGAGGAGCAGCCCACUCAGCCUGCCACUGAGACAGAGACCAACGAGCAACCCACCAAGCCUGCGACUACUGGCGGUUCCGAGAAGCCUACCCAGUACAAGCCUCCCAAGCCUGUCACCGAGAGCCAAGACCAGUCUACUCACCCUGUCACUGGUACUGAGGAUCAGGCCAAGCCUACAAACCCUGCCAGCACCACCGAGUUCACUACCUCAACCGUCUACACCACCAAUGUCUACACAGUCACUUCUUGUGCUCCCGAUGUGCCCAACUGUCCCGGAACCCCUCAUGUCACAACCGAGACUGUUGCUAUCUCUACCACAGUCUGCCCCGUCACUGAGGUCAUCCCCAGCAAGCCUGUUACCAAGGUGCAGCCUACCAAGCCCGCCACCGAGGAGCACUCUACCAAGCCUGCUACUCAAGAGCUUCCCUCCAAGCCUGUGACCGGUGGCCAGUCUGGAGCUGGAUCUACUCACGCUGCUUCUACUACCGAGUACACCACCUCGACUGUUUACACCACAAACGUCCGCACUGUAACUUCAUGUGGCCCAGAGGUUCCUGACUGCCCUCUUACCCCUCAUGUCACCACUGAGACUAUCGCUGUUUCUACCACCAUCUGCCCUGUGACUGAGCAGCAACAGACUGAGCCCAAGCCCACUGGACCUCAUCCUACUGAACCUAAGCCUACCGGUCCUCACCCUACUGAGCCUAAGCCUACUGAGCCCAAGCCUACUGGACCUCAGCCUACAAAGCCAGCCAAGACCACUGGAUACACCACCUCAACUGUGUAUACCACCAGUGUCCGUACCGUCACUACCUGUGGCCCUGAGGUCCCUGACUGCCCCCAGACUCCCCACGUGACCACCGAGACCAUCGCCAUCUCGACAACUGUCUGCCCCGUCACUGAGGAACAGUCCGUUCCCACCAACCCCGGCUCCCCCGACUACCCUUCCAACCCUGGAAAGCCCACUGAGCCUGAGAAGCCUACCCAGCCCGCUGGUGGAGAGCACCAGACUCAGCCUGCCCCUACCCAGCUCAUCGUCACAACCGGCUGGUCUACCUCCACAGUCUACACAACCAACAUCCGAACUGUCACUGCUUGCGGUCCUAACGUUGCCAACUGCCCUGGUACUCCCCACGUCACCACUGAGACAAUCGCUCUCUCUACCACUAUCUGCCCUGUUACCAAGACUCAGGUUGUCCCCGGCCCUGGUGCCACCUACGUCCCUGGACCCCACAGACCUAGCAACAUGACUUCCACUCUUUACACCACCAAGUACUUCACUGUCACUGCUUGCCCUCCUGCGGUCACCAACUGCCCCAUCGGCGCCGUCUCCUCUUCUGUCUACGCCACUGCCACCACCCAGAUCCAGCAGUGGAACCCUUCCAACACCAAGGCCUACCAGCCUCCUGUCCCUACCAAGGUUGUUCCUCCGGUCAUCGCCACCACCUUCCUCCGAUCUACCACCAAGGUCUACGAGACUCCCGUCAACACUCCCAUCAACACACCCAAGCCGGUUGAGUCUUCUACCAAUACCCCCAAGCCCACUGAGGCACCCGUUACCACAUCCAAGCCCGCCGAGGCAGCUGUUACCACAUCCAAGGCUGCUUACGAGAAGCCCCCUGUUCCUGCCUAUCCUGUUUAUUAA